CUUUAUCAACCAAUGAGCGAUUUCAAUUAUUAUCGAAAUCUGCCAUGACAGCUCAACCGUCAAGUAAUGCACAACCCUCACAACGAGAACAAGUGCCCCGAGAUUCAAAGGUUAUGGAACUAAUCCUUCGCUCAGCAGGUGUCUCCGAUUUCGAACCAAAGGUAGUUCAACAGUUGCUUGAGUUUACUCACCGGUACACUAUAGAUGUUAUUCAAGACGCUGCAGCUUACGCUGAACACUCCGGAAAAAAUGAUAUAGACGACGACGAUAUUAAACUAGCGAUACAAGGUCGCAUUAACCAUUCGUUCAUUCACCCUCCACAGCAAGAGUUUUUGACACAACUUGCAAAAGAACAAAAUAAAGAACCAUUACCCCCAGCUCCAUUAAAAUAUGGUUUACGAUUACCUCCUGAACGACAUUGUUUGACCGCUUUAAAUUUCAAAAUUAUACCUGAGCCACCAGCAUUACAAUUCAUACAAGAAAAUCCUAUUAUAAAUCCUAUUAUAUCUUCUCAACCUGAAACUUCUCAAAAUGUUCCAGUUGAAAUAAAUGAUAUGAUGAUGGAGGUUCAAUCUAAUGAAGAUAUUCAAAUUGAACCCUCUGCUACACAAGACAAUUCAUCUCACGAUGGAGAAACUGAUUAUGAUAUGCCAGAUGCUGAGUCUCCUGAUCAAAUGAAUGAGAAUUGGAAGAGAGUAAGACCAGCAGAGGAUGAUAAUUAUGAUUUUUAG